UCCAACAGCAGCUGGCCCAACUUCACUGCAAGCGAGAGCCACCUCCUGAGGGAGAACUACACCUUCUCAGCGUACUACCAGCACUCCUCCCCCGUGGCUGCCAUGUUCAUCCUGGCCUACACCUUCAUCUUCCUCAUGUGCAUGAUUGGCAACAUCCUGGUGUGCUUCAUCGUGGUGAAGAACCGCCAGAUGCGGACGGUCACCAACAUGUUCAUCCUCAACCUGGCCAUCAGCGACCUGCUGGUGGGCAUCUUCUGCAUGCCCACCACCUUGGUGGACAAUCUCAUCACAGGUUGGCCGUUUGACAACACCAUGUGCAAAAUGAGUGGCCUGGUGCAGGGCAUGUCCGUCUCCGCCUCCGUUUUCACGCUGGUGGCCAUUGCCAUGGAGAGGUUUCGCUGCAUCGUCCACCCCUUCCGGCAGAAGCUGACACUGAGGAAAGCCCUGGUGACCAUUGCCAUCAUCUGGCUGCUGGCCCUGCUCAUCAUGUGCCCCGCCGCCAUCACCCUGACCGUCACCAGAGAGGAGCACCACUUCAUGGUGGACACCUACAACAACUCCUACCCCCUCUACUCCUGUUGGGAGGCCUGGCCUGAGAUGGGGAUGAGGAGGAUCUACACCACCAUCCUCUUCUCCCACAUCUAUGUGGCCCCCCUCGCCCUCAUUGUCAUCAUGUACGCCCGCAUUGCCUUCAAGCUCUUCAAGUCAGCAGCACCUGCUCAUGGCCAAGAGGAGCCAGAGGGGAGGAGGGUCUCCCGGAGGAAGGCCAAGGUCAUCAACAUGCUCAUCAUUGUCGCCCUCUUCUUCACUCUCUCCUGGCUGCCCCUCUGGACUCUGAUGCUGCUCAUGGACUAUGGGCAGCUGAGUGAGGGCCAGCUUUACCUGGUCACCGUCUACAUCUUCCCCUUCGCCCACUGGUUGGCCUUCUUUAACAGCAGUGCCAACCCCAUCAUCUAUGGCUACUUCAACGAGAACUUCCGACGGGGCUUCCAGGAGGCCUUCAGGGCCCCUUUCUGCUUGCCCCAUCACCAUCACCACCAUGAGCCCUAUGCCCCCAGGAGCCACAGCCGUGGUAUCCUCUUCAGUGCCCACAACCGCAUCUUUGCCCAGGCACAGACCAGCGACUCACCGCCCGUCUCCGAAUCAGGGCCGUUGGCGCCACGCUGCACUGGUGUCCCUGCAUGGGAUGGCUGA